CCACACUCCAGUCAGCCUGCCGCCUCCUCCUCCUACCGCGUCGACACACGGACGCGCCGCUAGGGCUCCUCGCCGUAGUACGUAGUAGAAGAGGCAGCUUUGUCCGCCCGCCCGCCCGCCGGACCACCGGCCUACUCACUGACAAUCGGCGUGUACUGUACCCAGACGGAGAGAAGAAGAUGCACCCCCCGCCAUGACCUCAGCUUCCUCUUCUCCUCCUCCUCCUCCAUCUGAUUGUAUCGAAAUUCGCUAAAUGGGAUUCACCAGCGUUUCCACAGCAACGUGCACUUAUGAAGACGAGCGAGAGGAUUUAUUAACCCGUCUCUGAUUUGUGUUGGGCUUUAUCUCAAGGAAAAAGCCAGGUCUGCACAUGGGGGCGGGCAAGAGCAAGCCCAAGGAACCGGGCCAGCGCUCCAUGAGCGUGGACGGCACCAUCGGGACGGGCUCCGACAGCGGACACUUCCACCACCUGGGUCCCGCCCAGCAGACCCAAACCCCAAACAGGAGCCCGGCGGUGGGCACGGGCCGGCGGGGAUACCAGGGAUACCAGCACGCGCCCACCAACACUCCUGAAAUGGCUCUCUUCGGAGGAGUUGACCACACGGGCGCUGUCACGUCACCUCAGAGAGGACCUUUGGCGGGAGGCGUCACCACAUUUGUGGCGCUUUAUGACUAUGAGUCACGGACGGCGUCCGAUCUGACCUUUCGGAAAGGCGACCGGCUGCAAAUUGUCAACAACACGAAAAAGUACAGCUUCAGAGAAGGGGACUGGUGGUUAGCUCGCUCCCUGACAACCGGAGAGAGCGGUUACAUCCCCAGCAACUAUGUGGCGCCGUCCGACUCCAUUCAAGCGGAAGAGUGGUAUUUUGGGAAGAUAACUCGGCGAGACUCGGAAAGGAUCCUUUUGAAUUUACAGAAUAGACGAGGAACCUUCCUGGUGAGGGAGAGCGAAACCACCAAAGGAGCUUACUGUCUUUCGGUGCUGGAUUACGACAACACCAAAGGGCUGAAUGUGAAACAUUACAAGAUCAGGAAGCUGGAUAGCGGCGGCUUCUACAUCACGUCCCGCACGCAGUUUACCAGUCUGCAGCAGCUCGUCUUCCAUUAUCGCAAGCACUCUGAUGGGCUGUGCCACGCCCUGACUGAUGUGUGCCCUGUGGCUAAGCCCCAGACCCAGGGACUGGCUCGCGAUGCCUGGGAGAUCCCUCGAGAGUCCCUCCGGCUUGACCUUAAACUCGGCCAGGGCUGCUUCGGAGAGGUCUGGAUGGGCACGUGGAAUGGUACAACGCGGGUGGCCAUCAAGACCCUGAAGCCGGGCACCAUGUCACCAGAGGCCUUCCUGCAGGAAGCGCAAGUCAUGAAGAAACUCAGGCAUGAGAAGUUGGUUCAGCUCUACGCCGUGGUAUCCGAGGAACCCAUCUACAUCGUCACUGAGUACAUGAGCCAAGGCAGCCUACUGGACUUCCUCAAAGGAGAAGCGGGAAAAAUGCUUCGACUGCCUCAGCUGGUGGACAUGGCCGCUCAGAUCGCAGCGGGGAUGGCGUAUGUGGAGAGGAUGAACUACGUGCACAGAGACCUACGUGCCGCCAACAUCCUGGUGGGAGACAACCUGGUGUGCAAGGUGGCCGACUUUGGACUGGCCAGACUCAUUGAAGACAACGAGUACACUGCCAGACAGGGCGCCAAGUUCCCCAUCAAGUGGACGGCGCCCGAGGCGGCGCUUUACGGCCGUUUCACUAUCAAGUCGGACGUAUGGUCCUUCGGGGUGUUGCUGACGGAGCUGGCCACCAAAGGCCGAGUUCCUUAUCCAGGCAUGGUAAACCGCGAGGUCCUGGACCAGGUAGAGCGCGGCUACCGGAUGCCGUGCCCGUCCGAGUGUCCCGGCUCCCUGCACGAGCUCAUGCUCUCCUGCUGGCGGAAGGACCCCGAAGAAAGGCCCACCUUUGAAUACCUACAGGGCUUUCUGGAGGACUACUUCACCUCCACGGAACCCCAGUACCAGCCUGGGGAGAACCUAUAGAACCGCACAUGUGCGGAAAUUUACACACACACUGCCACACUCAAAGACAUACACUCGAAACACCUCAGAGGAACACAGAAUCCUGUGAGGAAGCCUCUGUGCUGUCAUGGACCCAGAGAAGCUUCUUUCUGGAGACUUUGAGGAGCGAGGUGCAAGACUGACGUGAAAGGGUCCAAAUACAAGGGGAGAAAAGGUCUGAUGAAACUUACUGUACUUUUUUCCCCUCCCGCAAAAGACACUGGGCCCAAGAGCCCAUUUUACGCUCCCUGAAAAAGCGGGCAACUUUUCUCCAGAAUGAGGUGAACAUUUGCUACCGGGCGUUUUGCUACCAGAGCCAUAUCUGGGGUGUAAAACUUCCAUCAAAGUAAAUUGGGAGUCUUCAUGUAUCACGGUACCUUUCGUUGCUCCAAUUCUUUUUUUCACUUGACUUAAGCGGCGGCAUGUCUGAAGCUUGUUUGCAAAAAAAAUCAACUGAGCUCAUAUCUGGGCAAACUGGAAGAAAAAAAAACAACCUUCAAUUUUAUAAAGUUCUUUUUCCCAAGGAAGUUUCCAAAUUCCUCGUAUUUAUAUAGGACAGAAGUUUGGAGAACACUUCUCCCUUCCUGUUGUGUCAAAAGCAAUUCUGAUGCAUUUCAUCUUCCGUUUUUGCGGGCUGCCCUGUUCGCGUCCCUCCACUUUUUAAGUGCUGCUGCUGCUGCUGCUGCUGCUGCUGCUGCUGCUGCUGCUGCUGCUUUAUUGUUCUUCGAACUCCUUCGUGUUUACGUGGAGAUGAUCGCAGUCAUGAUAAUCAUUAAGCAUGCUUGCUUGAACCAAGCUGGCUCAGGUUGUUCAAAUCAGGCCAAAACCAGCGAGGCAUUCUGGUCGUCCCACCCACGGUCACUCCCAAACUGCCGUUUUACGAGCUCAAGUUGAAAUUUGGUAUUUGUAACGAUUCCCUUUCUUUUUCUUCACCCCAAACUUUUUGAACUUAAUCAUUUCAUUGUUGACAAAGCUGAAGUGGCUCUAGACUUGCUGACAUCGCCAGUCCUCCUGCCACACUCCCCAAGAAUGUGUGUUGCCCUCGUUUUUUGCAUUGUUUGAAGUUGGAGGUUCUGCUCUCUAAAAACAAUUUGACGGAAGGUCAUUUGAGCAUUUAUUUCUCUGCAUCUGUGCCAAAAGAAUACGAGUGCUGUCCAUCCGUUUACUCGGAGAGGGAGCUGACAUAUGCUUUCAGAAUAAAUCCCCGGUUAGUUAGUUAGCUUCCUGUUCCAAAUUUGCAGAGGAAAUAUGCAAGCGUGUGGCUUUUAUGGAAAUGAGGUCAUUCUGUUAAAAGGAAGAAAAUGGGAUUGAUUUGGAAAGCAGUUAAGCAUUUGUAAUUCUGCUGUACAUUGACCACGCUGUGUUUAAUUACGACGUGGAUGCCAUCGACUCCCUUACAUAUAAUCUCAUCCACUGUACAUAGUAAAGCACUCCAAACGUUGCUUUUGUAUCAUAAUGGCAGAUAUGUAUUUAUGUUGGCUGUCACUCACUGAAUUUUUUUAAUCAGUAGAUAAAAUCAGUUUGCUGCCAACCUAUAUAACAAUGACAGAAGCAGCAAUAAGAGUCCUCAUACAAACAGACCCAGAGUGAAUAUAAAAGGAUACACACCCCUGUUGAAAUAUCCGGGUUUUCUCAAAAUGUUUGGAGAUGGUUCAACUUGGUCUUGUUUUUAUUCAAGUACAAAAACGUGGCAUUUGAACAGGGGACCUUUUUCUAUAUUUCAGGGGUGGCCAACCUACUGCCUACAGUAGCAUUUGAAACACGUUUUAUUUUUUCAAAUUUAAAAGGGGCAUUAUUGAAACAUUUUAGAGAGUUCAUGAUAUUAGUUACAUUCGUUAAGGGAUUUUCUGCAUUUAAUGUUUUGUUUACAAAAUGAGGAGCGAUAUUACAAAAUAAUGAAUUUAUGUUGUUAAUGUAAUCAAAGAAAUGAUCAUUUAAACAACAAAAGAUAUAUGCAAUACAGUAUACAUAAAGAAAUCUCAUCAAUGGCGCCAGACUUCAAAAAUUGGCAAAAGGUUACCCACCCCGAGGUGAAUUUGCAACCCCACAAGUAUUUGGACAAGAUUUUGAAAUAAUGAGGUCAAAGAUGUAAAUAGUAUCGUCUGACUGUGACUAUCAAGUAAUUACUGUACUCUUUUAUCCAACUGAGGCUUAUUGUUUAGUAUUUUCUACCUAAUGUGAUCCGAGGAGGUUUUAAUGAGAUGCUACUGUAUUUUUUUUUUUUUACCCAUAUAGACAACACAAUUUGGGCUUGACUUAAAGUUCCAAGAACAACAACAGUGUUCCUCCCUCCCCCUUCAUUUUUUUGUGUUUGUUGUGACUCACUGAGGAGGAAAAAAUAGGAUGUGUGAAUAAAGCCAAGGUCUGAUUGGAAAACGUGUGCCAUGAUUUCAAACAUGUCGCGAUGUAAUUGCUUUUAAUGUUAAUUUGAUUUUUUUUUAAAUUAAACUAUGCACUUCAAACGGACGUCACGGCCGCCACAGGAAGGUGAGCGUUUCAUUUUGUUUGUAAUUUGAUUGAAAUGGGUAUUGUGUCACUUUCUUUUUCUUUAAAUGUGCAAUAAAUUCUAUUUCAAGUGUGUUUU